UCUAUUCGAAAUUUUUAUAAACGAAAAUGCUAAUUUGAAAUUUUUUUUUUAAAAAAUUAAAAUUUUAUUUAUCUAAUUUUUUUUUAGUGCUUUUGAUAUUAUUUUUAUAAAUUUAAACUAAUUUUUAUGAGAUGGGUCUAUUUAGUGCCGUUUUAGAUUUUAGUAGCUAUUAAGAUCUUAAAAAGUUGUUCAUUUCGCAAAAAAAUAAAAAAAAUAAUAUUAGUUUCAAUUUUAUCUAAAAAUUAUGGGAAAUCAACCAACUAGGCAAAUAUCUAAUCAAACUGGAAAACAAAAAAAAUAUGUUCAUUGGAAAUCUGCAGAGGUUCCUUCAGCGCCGGGUAGGCCAAUAUUGAUUCCAGUUUCAGAACAACAACCAGAUGCCAUAACUUUACAAUGGGAUAAAUCUCAGUCAGAUGGAGGAUCUCCUAUUCUGGGAUAUGUAGUAGAACAUCGUCGUGUUGGGGCAACAAAUUGGACACGUUCCAUUCCAAUACUUAUUGUAAAAACAGAAGCUGCAAUAGUUGGUUUAGAACCAGGUUGGAAAUAUCAAUUUCGUAUAAUUGCCGAAAAUGUAGUUGGACGUUCACAGCCAAGUAUUUUAUCAGAUCCUUUUCCAAUAUCAUUGCAAAUACGUAAUACAAAUACUCUACCAAAGUUCAUAAACGAAUUAAAGGAUACAAAUUCUAUAGAAAAUGAACGACUUGAAAUGAAAGUUCGGGUUUUUGGAAAUCCACAACCAGAAAUAAGUUGGUUUAAAGAUGGCUUCGAAAUUUUUAGUAGCCGGAGAAUAAAAAUUUUAAAUGAAAAUGAUUUCAGUUCGCUAAUUAUUCAUCAGGUAGCUUUGACUGAUGAAGGAGAAAUAAAAUGUACCGCAACAAAUAGAGCUGGACAUGUCGCAACAAAAGCAAAAUUAAUUGUAGAAGCUCCCCCUAAAAUUCGUUUACCAAGAAACUAUGAAGAUGGUUUAAUAAUAGAAGAAGAUGAUACAUUAAAGUUGAAAGCUGGCAUAGCUGGGCAACCUUUCCCUGCCGUAAUAUGGUCCAGGGAAGGAAAAGUAAUUUCGAAUGGAAACAAAUUCGAAAUAUCAAUUACUGAUAAACAUACUCUUCUUAAAAUUGGUAAAGUGAAAAGAAUUGAUCGGGGGGAAUAUAGUAUACGUGCUAUAAAUAAGUUAGGGGAAGAUAUAGCUUCAUUUUUAGUAACUGUAACUGCUAAACCUAGAUCUCCUGGAAAAGUUAAAAUAAUGCAGUCAAAUGAUACUUCAGUCACCUUAGCGUGGACUGAACCAGAAGAUGACGGUGGUUGCAAAAUAGGUUCUUAUAUUGUUGAAUAUUUUCGUAUUGGGUGGGAUGUGUGGUUGAAAGCCACAACAACACGUCGUUUACAAACAACUCUAAAUGAUUUAAUCGAAGGAUCGGAAUAUAAGUUUCGUGUCAAAGCAGAAAAUCCUUAUGGCGUUAGUGAGCCAAGUCCUGAAUCAGAUAUCUUAUACAUCAAGAAUCUAUCAACACAACAAGGGACAAAAGAAACUCCAAACACCAAUUCAGAAAAUAUGAAAUUAAUUCCACCGCCAAAAGCAAGUAGAAAAGCAACUGAACAAUCUAAAAGCCCAGUGAGAACAACUUCUCCUUCAAUAAAACACAAAAGGCCUGAGAUAUUUGAAAGUGAACAGCUUAAUAUGGAAAUGUCUUAUGGUGCUCCUGCUAAUGCGAUUGAAAACUCUAGCUUAACGACAUCCAAAGUUACGAAAUCUAAAGAAGAUCGAGCAACAUCCCCAAAACCGAUGUCUAUUCUAAAACAGCGUAGCCCUAUUCCAACUCCAAGAAAGAAUAAUAAUAAUUUAACUUUGGAAAUGGACAAAAAUCUUAGUUCUGAGAAGUUACAGCGUAGUCCAAGUCCUAAAAUUGAAAUUACAGUUCCUGAUGAAAAACAAGAUGCAUCAGAGCAAAAUUUACUUCAAACGGCAAAAUCACAAGAGAAACAAAUCUCACUUGACACUGUUCAAAAAGAAAAUUUAAUAUCUUUAAAUAUUAGGCGCAGCAUUAGUCCUAAAAAACCUUCUGAAAGCCAGCAUGGAAAGGUUAGUCCAUCAUUUUUAUCAGAAACGGAUCAAAAAAUUGCAGAGCGUCUUAUGAUUGAGCGUGAAAAGGAACUCGAAAAGGAACGUGAAAAAGAGAUGAAAUCUUAUAAAUACAAGAAGUUGUCUCCUGAUAUAGCUUUGAAACAAAACGGUAAUGUUCUUCAAAAAACUGAGUCAGAAGUUGUUAUGAAAAAAUCUUUCGAUUAUUUAUUUAAUAAAAUGAAUAAUAUAGAAGAAAACAAUCAAAGUGUGGAAAAAAAUGAAACAGAAAGGUAUGAAAAGACGGAACAAUUGACGCAAAUAUUACACGAACCUAUUAAAACUGACUUGCAUGAUCAACAACUAUCUUCUGAUGCAGAAGGAAAGCACAAGGACGAAGUGCAUACUAGCAAUGAGUACAUGCUUGUAUUUUAUCCAGAUGGCAGAAACAAGGAAAUAGAAGAGCCAGAAUCAAGAAACUAUUAUGCUGCGGAUAACCAAGGACCACCAGUUUUAUCAUAUUCAUUUCCAAAUUUAUCUACUUUAGAUGAAUUUUCUUUUCAAGCGAAUAUUCGGCGCUCUGCAAGUUCAACGGAAUUAUUAUAUGAAAAAGCAAUGGCAAGAUUCUAUGAAGCCGUAGAAAUGGAAGAAGAAAGGAAAGAGAAAAAGAAAGCAACUCACUUAGGUGAACAUUUAACAGCACAGAAAAAUACUCUUCAAAACUUAGAUUCAAUAGCUGAAUCACAAGAAAUUUCAAACUAUAAUCAAGAGCGCAAGCAAGAAAUUGUGGAUGAUUCUAAAGUUUUACAAGAAAAUAAUAAUUAUUUAGCUCAAGAUAUAUUUGAACAAUAUAAAAAUUCGAUUAAUGUAUCGGAAAAUCGAAAUACUGUGGAAUCUACUCAACCUCAAAAAGAAAUAGAACAUAUUCCACCUCCUAUGGUUAGUCCAGUUAAUAGACGUGACUUAACUGAAAUGGUUGAAAAUCAACAUGUUAUGAGUCCUGUUAAUAAUAGACAAUUAAGACAGUAUGAAGAUUCUAUGGAUCUUGUUGAUGAAGAUAAUUUGGAAGCUUAUGAUAACUCAUAUAAACACUUUUCAGAUGCAGAAGUUAGAGAAAAUACUCUUAAAAACUCUCUUUUUGACGAUGAAAAAGAUCUGGGUUUAGAAUAUGGGUCAGAUUACACUGACAGCACAGCUUCGGAAUCGGAAAGUUCUAUGGAAUAUUUUAAACGAGAAGUAAUUACGCGAUCAAGUUCAGGUGGAAUUGGUAGAAAAAAGGUUACACUUUCACCAGUGCGGUAUGAAUCAUCCGAAGAUGAUACAUUUAGUCAUAAAUCCAAUUUAACAUCUGUUCCAGCACCAAAAUCUAUCUUGAAAAAACCUCAAAGUAAUGAAAACGUUGUUAAUCCUGUACUGAAAACUAAUGUUAGGCCUCUCUCUGACUUUAAUACGAAUGAAGAGCCUCAAAUUGUUACAGAGCCAAAACAAAAUAUGGUUUUGAAUUUAAAUUUUGUAAAUGUUGACUCAACCGCUCAUAUAAUAACCAACACUGACCAAAUUCCGAAGCAAGCUAUCAUUUCAAAUUCCACUUCAAAUCCAAACAUUAAUCUUGAUUCCCCUAAAUUAAGUCAAAAUAUUGAUCAAAACCAAAAAUUAAUUGAUAAUGAAAGUUCUUAUCCAAAUCCAAAUUCAAAUCCAAAAGAAACUUCAAAUAAUUAUCAAAAUCCUAAAAUUAGUUCUAAGAACAAUCCUAAUCCUAAUUACAGUGGAAAUCUUAAUCUCAGUCCGAAUCCAAAAUUAAAAUCUAGUUCAAAUCCAAAUGAAAGCAAGUAUCUAAACCCAGAUGAUGGUCGUAGAAAAAGUGAGGAUUUAAGAGAAAAUCCGAAGUUAAGUCCUCUUAGUAAAGCAAAAUCAAUCUCCGAUAGAAAACUCAAGGGUUUAAAAUCGUUCUUAACAGGUGGUAGAAGUAAGUCAUCAAAAGAGAAAAAUCAAUCUCUAGAGAAAAUUGAACCUUCAAAGUCCGAUAUUCCACAAGUUAAAACAACUCCUCCAAAGCCUACAGAACCAAUCAAGGAUGAAAAGAAAGAGGUUAAAGUCGAACCCGACGAGGGCGCAAGAGUUAUAGUAGACUAUUAUAGCAAUAUAGUCCAAGAGCUUGGUCAUUCUAAAUAUAAAACUCCAUUGUAUUUGAAUACAGAUGAACUGAAAAAACAAUCUGAAAGAGCUGAUAUAGAAGAGUCUGUAUUUAGACGUAAUAGCGAAAUCGAUGCAGAAGAAGAUUUACUUUUGCUACAACAUAAAACUAAACCACGUAUGUCGAUUGUUGAAAGAAUGCAAGCAAAACAUGUUCGUCCAGAGAAAAGUUCACACUGUAUUGAAAAUACAAUUGCUAUUUCAGCACCGCCUGUUCCUGAUACACCUGAAGUAGAGGCUCCCAGUAAACCAAACGAUAUGGAUUUACCAACACCUACAAGUUCAACUGGAAAGAAAAUUAUUAAAACUAAAAAGAUUAUAAAAAGAACUGCACGUUCAAAAUCACGUGAUCCUUCAAAAACCAGAGGAACUGGUACUAUAAUAUCGAAUGCUCCUCCUUCAAUAUUAAUAAAUGAAACUGAAUUAGAAAGACUUCACUCAUUACAUAAAAAUGCAAGUGGUAUUGAAAAUGAAGAAGAGGAAAAUUCUUUAUUAAAGCAUUAUAUGAAAUCUGAUGAAAAAGAAAAUGAGAAUAAAAAAGAAAUUGUUCAAUAUGAUGUAGAUGAUGUAAAUGCUGAAGCACAAGAUAAUGUUCAUUCAGCUAUUAGUUAUGUAACUGAUUUAGGUUUAUUUGUUUUCGCUUGUUGGGUAUAUUUAUUCAAAGAUGCCUAUAUGGUUUUACCAAUAUUAGCAUUGAUGGUAUAUAGAAGAAUCGGAGAAGCUAUUAGUAGAAAUUUACCAAGUUUUUUAAAAAAGAAACCAUGCUGAUAAUGUAUUAAAACAUUUGUUUUUCUUGUUUUUGUUUUUUUUUCUUAGUAAAUAAUAAAUUAAUGAGCGUCUCUACCUAAAUGAAUAUUUUACAUUGACUUGGUUAAUUUAGGACUACAAUUUUAAUUGUUGAAUAUAUUAAAUUGACAUUUGAUUAACAUUUAGGUGUUUACGCUAUGAUUUUGUUUUUAAUUCUAAAUAAUAAGAGAAAGAUUUAGAGAAGGAAUGAUGCAUUAAUUAUUGAAAUAAGACUCUAUUAUCAAAUUAUAAACAAAAUUGUAAAGUACAUACAUUAGUAUGAUGAACGGUAUGUACCCAUUAAUUUCAAAUAUCGACUCUAAUGUGAAAACUUUUAUUUUUAUUUGUACAAAAAAUUUUAAAUUUGACUAAAUAAAUACAUAAUUACUUUUUCUUACUUCUAAAAGAGUUAAAAAAUCUUUACAGUCUACUUAAUAAAUUGAAAAAAAAAAAGUUGUAAUUCGUAAUUUUAUAUUUAGAAUUGUCUAUUUAAUAAAAACCAAUAGUAUUAAUUUUCGAGAUUCUCUAUAAUUAAAUUAAAAUAAUAAUAAUAAGGCUAUGGCGAAAAUCAACAUUAUCAGUUAUAUUUUGUUAUAAAGAAAAAAAGAUAUUAAAAAUUUUAUUUUACCAAUUUGAAAUUUAUAUAAAUUUAAAUGUUAUAUAAAACAUUCAACAAUAAAAAGAAAAUUAUAAAAAUUACUGCAUUGAAUCAAAAUAAAACAUAAAAAAUUAUUAAAUACGAAACUGUAAUUCAUUUGGCUUAAUCCCAUUUCAAUGAAAUAAGAAAUGAGUUUGAAUAUUGCACAAAAAAAAACAAUUCAUUUUUAUUUCAUAAAGUAUGGAUUACAGGAUUUGCAGGGGUUUUAUUAUGUAAUUCGAUUUUUGUAAAAUGAAUUUGGUAUUUACAGAAAUGGAAUAAGUAGUACUAUAUAAUGGUGGUACCAUACCAUUUUUUCGAGCACGAAAAUCGUUUGACGAAAAUCGAAUUACAUAAUAAAACCCCUGCAAAUCCUGCAAAGGUCCCUGUUGAAAAAAAAGUAAAGAAAAAUAAAUAAUGAAAAUUAAAUAUUAAAAUCCCAAUUUAUUUAUUUUUUAUUUAGACUUAUUUCGAAUGUUAUUUAUUGAAUAUCAAAUAAUUUCUUAAUUGAAAUAUGUAGUUUUAUUUUCAUAUUAUAUAAUUUUAACCAUUAUAGAAUGCAAUAUGGUUGCAAACAAAAUAUUCUAUAAUCAUUCGAGACUUUAAAAUCGUAUUAAUCAUAUAUUGCUACAUAAUUCUGCAGUUGAAGUCUUUAAUCUAAACUAUAUUUAAAUCUAUUAUGAUUUUCCAAUUUUGAAGUUUUUCUGAUUCAACUACCUAGUGCAUGACAUCAAAAUUGCAGUGUUGCUAAUGUGUUGCUAAUGUGUAAUUUAUUAAAUUGAAUUGUUUACUCAUACGUCAAUUUAGAAGUCAAGGUACAUACUUCAAAAAAAAAUUUAAAUUAUAUUUGAUCUUCGAUAUUGUAACAUUCGAUAUAAAUCUAUUAUUAAUUUAAUUUGAAUUAAACGACUUGUAUAUUUUAAAAUAAUAUUUAUAUUGUAAAGUAAUUACAUAAUCUAUAAGGAAU